AUGCUGAGAAAGACCAAUCCAACAAUCACUCCAAUAGCUGCAAUACCUCCAGUGCCAACACCGCCACUGCGCGAUGAACCGGAAGACAAAGUGUUGUUUCCAUUGCUUGAAGGUGGUCCGGUUGGUUUAGCGGUUGGUUUCUCUUUAGGAACAACGGGUAAUGGAGUUGGCGGAGGAGCUAAAGUAGUAGGAUCUGUGGGAAGUGAAGCCGGAGGAGGACCAGUGGUGGUUGAAGUAGGAGGAGGAGGAGAUGUGGUUGUUGGAGUUGACGGAGAAGGUUUAGGCGGUGAAGGUGUAUCUGCCGGCGGUGAAGGUGUGUCUGAUGGCGGUGAAGGUGUAUCUGAAGGAGGAGAUUUAGGCGGAGUAGAAGCCGGAGGAGAGGGAGGAGAUUCAGAAGGCGUAGGAGGAGACGGUGGUGUUGUCGCUGGAGUGUUAGUAGGUGGAGGAGGAGAAGAGACAACCACUGGAGGUGGAGGGGAAGAAGUGACGGUGGGAGGAGGUGAGGAGACGACGGGUGGGGACGGUGGCGGAGAAGAAGACGGUGGAGGUGAUGAUAUAACCGGCGGCGGUGGUGAUGAUGGUGUUACCGGAGGCGGUGAUUGCGGCGGAGAUGGAGGUGGAGUGGACGGAGGGGGAGCAGAUGGAGUUGUGGGAGGAGGAGUUGACGGAGGAGGUGCGGUGGUUGAAGAAUUUGACGGCGACGGUGGCGUUAAAAUCGGCAACGGAGGAACCAAACUCAUUCUUUUACCGAUAUGA